CCGCUCUUUGUGCUGCUCUCGGUGCGCAGUCUCUGUCCCCGAAAGUAGUUCCGACAUUUCUCAGGUCCAGAGUGUGAGAUUAUGCAGCCGAGGACCUGAUUACUUUAUUUGAGGCGAGAGCGAGCGCGGCGGCCCAAGGAGUCCCUCAGGAAUGCGACUGCCUUUCCCGGGGGAGGGGUCGCAAGCCCUGAGCGCGGCGGCCUUCGAGGAGUCUCUCCUGACUCCGAGCAGAAAAGGGGGAAAGAAACCCCUGGAAGAGGAAGUGUGGUUUUUCGUAUGUUCAUACAGUGUGUGUGGUACUCCAUAGUUGCCCUAGGUGGAGGCAGGAGGAGGAGGGAUCUUUUCUCUCUUUGCAUUCGGGAAUCCAGGAGGAGAAGAAGAGGGAGGAGGCUGAGAAAGGGGGAUGUGCUCCUGCGCUUUUCCUUUCUCUCAGCUUUCCAAAGAGGAGGAGGAGGAGGAGGAAGAAGAAGAAGAAGAAGAAGAAGAAGAAGAAGAAGAGGUUGCCUGAGGAGGAAGGAGUUGGGAAGGCGAGGAGAACUGCCUGAAGAGCAGCAGCCUUUGGGCUUGGGAGGAGGUGGCUGAGGCAGCAGGCAUGGAGCAUCGAGGGUUUCUCCCCGCUCUCCUCUUCCUCCUUCUUUCCCGGGCGAAGAGCUGAGGGCGAAGCAGCUCUUUAAAAGAAACAAAGAGGGCGAGAUUUGUGGCAGCCUUUCGCGGGCGGCGGCGGCGGCGGCGUUGUUUCCUUUUGUGGCGGCUUCCCUUGCUUCCUGCCUCUCUCCCCUCACACCCCGAAAGUAUGAGAGGGCGGCCGAGGUGCUGCUGCUCCCGCUCUCCGUCGCCAUCCCCGCCGCCGCCGCCGCCGCUCCCGCCGCCGCCUCUCCGCCGCCGCCGGUGAGCGCCAGAGGAGAGAAGAUGGGCGCCGUCCUGAGGAGCCUCCUGGUCUGCGGCUUGUGCUCCCUGACGAGAGGUUCUCCUCUGUUGCUAUAUGCAAAUCGGCGUGACUUGCGACUGGUAGACGCUGCACAGGUGAAUGAGAAUGCUACAGUUGUGGUGGGUGGCUUGGAGGAUGCAGCUGCUGUGGACUUUGUAUUCAUCCACAGCUUGAUAUAUUGGAGUGAUGUAAGCGAAGAAGCCAUUAAGCGAACAGAAUUCAACCAAUCGGGGAGUGUGCAAAAUGUGGUUAUUUCUGGGCUUUUAUCACCUGAUGGGCUAGCUUGUGAUUGGCUAGGCGAAAAACUAUACUGGACGGAUUCUGAAACAAACCGGAUUGAAGUUUCCAAUUUAGAUGGAUCUUUGCGAAAAGUUUUAUUCUGGCAAGAAUUGGAUCAACCCAGGGCAAUUGCCUUAGAUCCUGCAAGAGGGUUCAUGUACUGGACAGACUGGGGAGAAGCGCCCAAGAUAGAGCGCGCUGGGAUGGAUGGCUCCAGCCGCUCCAUUAUAAUCCACACAGAUAUUUAUUGGCCCAAUGGAUUGACCUUGGAUUAUGAAGAACAGAAGCUCUAUUGGGCAGAUGCUAAACUGAACUUCAUUCACAAAUCAAAUCUGGAUGGAACAAAUAGGCAAGCUGUCAUUAAAGGGUCCCUUCCACACCCUUUUGCUCUGACAUUAUUUGAGGAUACACUGUAUUGGACUGACUGGACCACACGUUCUGUCCUGGCUUGCAACAAAUACACUGGGGAGAACCUGCGUGAAAUACAUUCCAACAUAUUUUCUCCCAUGGAUAUUCAUGUGUUCAACCAACAACGACAGCCCAAUGCUACAAACCCAUGUGGAACCAAUAAUGGUGGUUGCUCCCAUUUGUGUUUGAUGUCUCCCGUCAAGCCCUCUUAUCAGUGUGCAUGUCCCACAGGCGUGAAACUCCUUGAAAAUGAAAAAACCUGCAAAGAUGGUGCCAUGGAGCUGCUUCUAUUAGCCCGGAGAACUGAUUUGAGACGGAUAUCAUUGGACACUCCAGAUUUCACUGAUAUUGUUUUGCAACUGGAAGAUAUUCGACAUGCCAUUGCUAUUGACUAUGAUCCUGUAGAAGGGUACAUCUACUGGACAGAUGAUGAGGUGAGGGCCAUCCGGCGCUCUUUCAUUGAUGGGUCGGCUAGUGAGUUUAUUGUCCAAGCACAAAUUGCACACCCUGAUGGCAUUGCUGUGGACUGGAUUGCCCGUAACCUUUAUUGGACUGAUACCGGCACAGACCGCAUUGAAGUAACAAGGCUUAAUGGAACCAUGAGGAAGAUCUUGAUCUCAGAAGACUUGGAAGAACCUAGAGCUAUAGUUUUGGAUCCCAUGGUUGGCUAUAUGUAUUGGACUGACUGGGGAGAGAAUCCAAAGAUUGAGAGAGCUGCAUUAGAUGGAUCAGACAGAAUUGUGUUGGUGAAUACUUCUCUUGGCUGGCCAAAUGGCUUGGCUCUGGAUUAUGUUGAAAACAAGAUAUACUGGGGAGAUGCCAAAACGGACAAAAUUGAGGUCAUGAACACAGAUGGAACUAGCAGGAGAGUCCUUGUGGAGGAUAAGCUUCCUCAUAUCUUUGGUUUCACUUUGUUGGGGGACUAUAUUUAUUGGACAGACUGGCAAAGGCGAAGCAUUGAGCGAGUUCAUAAGCAGACAGCGGAAAGGGAAAUCAUCAUAGACCAGCUUCCUGACCUCAUGGGUCUGAAGGCUGCAAAUGUCCACCAGAUACUUGGUACAAAUCCUUGUGCAGAGUCGAAUGGGGGUUGUAGCCACCUUUGCCUGUACAGGCCUCAGGGUUUCCGCUGUGCCUGCCCCAUAGGCCUGGAGCUUAUAAGUGACAUGAAGACCUGCAUAGUCCCAGAAGCUUUCCUGCUGUUUUCUCGCAGAGCAGAUAUCAGGCGGAUCUCUCUUGAGACUAACAACAACAACGUUGCCAUCCCACUCACAGGAGUUAAAGAAGCUUCCGCUCUGGAUUUUGAUGUAACUGACAAUCGCAUAUAUUGGACCGACAUCUCAUUAAAGACCAUCAGCAGAGCAUUCAUGAAUGGUAGUGCCUUGGAGCAUGUAGUUGAGUUUGGCUUGGAUUACCCGGAAGGCAUGGCUGUGGAUUGGCUUGGAAAGAACUUGUAUUGGGCCGAUACUGGAACAAAUCGUAUUGAAGUGUCAAAGUUAGAUGGGCAGCAUCGACAGGUUCUAGUGUGGAAGGAUUUGGAUAGUCCUCGGGCAUUAGCACUGGAUCCUGCUGAAGGAUUCAUGUACUGGACAGAAUGGGGUGGAAAGCCCAAAAUUGACAGAGCUGCCAUGGAUGGUAGUGAACGUACAACAUUGGUGCCGAAUGUGGGACGGGCUAAUGGGCUCACAAUUGAUUAUGCUAAAAGAAGAUUGUAUUGGACUGAUUUGGAUACCAACCUAAUUGAGUCUUCAAAUAUGCUAGGUCUUGACCGUGAUGUUAUAGCAGAUGACUUGCCUCAUCCAUUUGGUCUGACUCAGUACCAGGAUUACAUCUAUUGGACAGACUGGAGCCGGCGAAGCAUUGAACGUGCCAACAAGACCAGUGGCCAAAACAGAACUGUCAUCCAAAACCACUUGGAUUACGUGAUGGAUAUCCUAGUAUUCCAUUCAUCCCGUCAAGCGGGCUGGAAUGAAUGUGCUUCCAGUAAUGGGCAUUGUUCCCACCUCUGCUUGGCAGUGCCUGUUGGUGGUUUUGUCUGCGGAUGUCCAGCUCACUAUUCCUUGAAUUCUGACAACAGAACAUGUAGCGCCCCUACCAGUUUUUUGCUGUUCAGUCAGAAGAAUGCAAUAAAUCGCAUGGUGAUAGAUGAGCAGCAGAGUCCAGAUAUUAUCCUUCCAAUCCAUAGCCUCAGGAACAUCCGAGCCAUUGACUAUGACCCUGUAGACAAGCACCUGUACUGGAUUGACUCUCGGCAAAACAUUAUCAGGAGGUCACAUGAGGAUGGCAGCCAGAGCUUUACAGUUGUGAUGAGUCCAGUUCCAAAUCAGAACCUAGACAUACAACCCUAUGAUCUGAGUAUUGACAUCUACAGUCGUUAUGUUUAUUGGACUUGUGAAGCCACAAAUGUAAUCAAUGUUACACGCCUGGAUGGAAGGCUGAUGGGGGUGGUUCUGAAAGGAGACCAGGAUAAGCCCAGGGCCAUUGUUGUAAACCCAGAAAAAGGGUACAUGUAUUUCACCAAUCACCAGGAGAGGUCUCCUCCUAAAAUAGAAAGGGCUGCAUUAGAUGGAACUGAACGUGAGGUCUUGUUUUCCAGUGGACUGAGCAGGCCUGUAGCCUUGGCAAUUGACAACCAGUUGGGGAAGCUCUUUUGGGCAGAUUUUGACCUCCGGAAAAUUGAGAGCAGUGACCUUUCAGGAGCCAAUCGGAUAGUCUUAGAAGAUACCAACAUACUACAACCAGUAGGGCUGACUGUGUUUGAAAACUGGCUGUACUGGAUUGACAGACAUCAACAGAUGAUUGAAAAGAUCGACACAACACUUCGAGAGGGACGUAUGAAAGUUCAGGCUCGUAUUACCCAGCUCAGCGAUAUUCAUGCUGUUAAGGAACUCAACAUGCAGGAGUACAGACAGCACCCCUGUUCCCAAGAUAAUGGUGGUUGCUCACACAUUUGUAUUGUUAAAGGUGAUGGAACGACACGUUGUUCCUGCCCUGUGCACCUUGUCUUGCUCCAGGACGAACUUUCUUGUGGAGAACCACCAACAUGCUCUCCUCAGCACUUCACAUGUUUCACAGGGGAGAUUGACUGUAUUCCUGCGGCUUGGCGCUGUGAUGGGUUCACUGAAUGUGAAGAUGCCAGUGAUGAAAAGAACUGCCCUAUGUGCUCAGAGUCCCAGUUCCAGUGUGAGAGUGGCCAGUGCAUUGACAGUAUCCUUCAGUGCAAUGGAGAAGCAAAUUGUCAGGAUAGCUCAGAUGAAAAGAAAUGUGAAGUGCUUUGUUUAACAGAUCAGUUCCGAUGUGCCAGUGGGCAGUGCAUUGGGAAAAACAAGAAAUGUGACCACAACUUUGACUGCAGUGAUAGCUCUGAUGAACAGGGAUGCUACACCACAGAGGAACCAGCCCCGCAAGCCACCAAUACGAUAGGUUCUAUCAUUGGUGUGAUUCUCACAGUUUUUUUGGUUGGUGCUAUGUACUUUGUUUGCCAGAGGGUAUUGUGUCAGCGCAUGAAAGGGGAUGGAGAAACAAUGAGCAAUGACUAUGUCACACAUGGACCAGCUUCUGUACCUCUGGGCUAUGUGCCUCACCCAAGCUCUCUCUCUGGAUCUCUUCCUGGAAUGUCCCGUGGCAAAUCUGUGAUCAGCUCACUCAGUAUUAUGGGUGGAAGUAGUGGGCCGCCAUAUGAUAGGGCCCAUGUUACUGGGGCAUCAUCCAGCAGUUCUUCAAGCACCAAGGGCACUUACUUCCCUCCAAUUUUGAAUCCUCCUCCAUCACCAGCUACUGAGCGUUCACAUUACACUAUGGAAUUUGGUUAUUCUUCAAAUAGUCCUUCUACCCAUCGAUCAUACAGUUACAGGCCAUACAGCUACCGACAUUUUGCCCCUCCCACUACGCCAUGCAGCACGGAUGUUUGUGACAGUGACUACGCCCCCAGCCGUAGAGUGAUGGCAACUGUGGGAAAGGGUUACACCAGUGAUUUGAACUAUGAUUCUGAGCCGGUACCCCCACCACCCACCCCACGCAGCCAGUACUUAUCGGCAGAGGAGAACUAUGAGAGCUGCCCACCAUCUCCAUACACAGAGCGGAGUUACUCUCAUCACCUCUAUCCACCCCCCCCUUCUCCUUGCACAGACUCCUCAUGAGAGACUCCCUCCCUCCUUUGACUGCCUCCAACCCACCAGUGUAAAUACUAAUUGUCCUUAUCAAGAGGGGGAGGACAUGAGGGAGGCUAUAGUGUGUACAGCUGAAAAUUAUUAAAUGAGGGUGGGGGUUAUAUUGCAUAUAUCUUGUACAGAAAGGGGGGUGGGGAGAGAGAGAAGGUUAUUUAUAUAUUUUCCUAAAACAGUUUGCUGCUUUGUGCCAUAAGAAAAUUUUAAAAUUUGUAUACGAAGUUUGUCGUUUAUUUUUCCAAAUGUAACACAAGAAGAUGCCUUAAAAUUUGUGAAGUGACUGAGCACAUAGGGAAAUAGAAGGAUCCAGGUUGUGUUGCUGUUCAAUGAGCCAAACACCAAAAAAGGAAAAGAAGAGAGCUUUUGACAAGGAAUAGAACUAAGGGAACUGAUCAUAAAGCAGCAUAUAUAAACGUCUUCAAAGAGCUGAAUAACCUCUGGCAUUUGCUCUGAUGGACCAGCAAUUCAAAUUAAACAUAAACUGGACAGAUAACUGUACACAAAGGGCUUUAUUCUCAGAAGUGAAAUCAUGGAUGCUUAUAUGCUUUUGAAAAUUGCACCUUUUUGUUUAAUUCACAUUUUCUGAAGUAGCCAAGUUGCAUCAUUUCUACGUUUGUCCCUUUCUAGGUGUUCUGUCAUUUUAUUGGCUGUGGUUAUGCUUUAAGUCUCUCUGUGUGUGUUCUAAAAAGAACAAUAUAGGUGUUCAUUAGAUUGUGGCUGUUUAUUGGGCACCACAAUAACCUUCUGACAGGAGAAUAAGGAGUGGGCCUCGAGCUUGCUUGCUUCUUCCCUUAGGUCUCCCUGUUCCAUUUUGCAGGGCCAGGAAGGUCUCUUUGUUAGCGUCUGUCUGCUGUAAGAGAAUCAAGAGAAGGAGUGCACAAACUUGAGGACUGUUCCUAGUUUCACCACCAUGUUAAAUCUUUGGAGCUGAGUAGUGAAUGAAUGGGCCUUUUGUGAAUAUGUAAGUGUGUAUGGAUGCAUGUGUGAGAGAGGGGUCUUCCCCCUCCCUCUUUUCUUUCCUGGCAAGUACAAUAAGAUUACCAGGUCAGAGCUAUUCCCAUCAUAAAGACAAGUGUAAUUAUACCUGAAUACCUUUUCCUGCCAGCUCUUUAAAAUGUUUCAGUGCCCAGAAAAGUAGUUGUUGUAUUAAAAAAAAUAUGACAACACCAUCAUCAUCUAGAUGUCAUAUUUAUAAACUAUAAAAUUUUAUUUUCGGUUCUUAGUUUAAUGUAAAUGAAAUGUAAUAUUCUUGCAGUACUUUCAGUGUCUAGUGAAUACCGCAGUAUACAAUACUUACAUAUAUAUUUUUAAAUACUAUUUUGUCUUUUAUUAGGAAACAUUAAGCUUUUUACAUUCAGGAUGCACUCUGGUUGUUUGAAACACUUCUUCCUGUUGAAGUUAAGUAACCCAGUCUUUGCAGUGUGAUUUCCACUUCCUCUUCUAUGGCAGAAAUUCAGUUCUUAAGCAUAAACUGCUGUGAAUAACAGGUUUUUUUUAACCAUUAUUCGUUGCCAGGGUAUUUUGUUAUCUACAGGUGAAACUCGAAAAAUUAGAAUAUCGUUGAAAAGUUCAUUUAUUUCAGUAAUUCAACUUAAAAGGUGAAACCAAUAUAGGCAAUAGACAUGACAUGCAAAGCGAGAAGAAAUACAGCUGAAGAAAACCCCAAAUUCACAAUCUCAGAACAUUAGAAUAUUAAAUGAAAUCAAUAAAACAAGGAUUGCAAAUAGAACAAUAUUGGACCUCUGAAAAGUAGAAGCAUGCAUAUGUACUCAGUACUUGGUUUGGGACCCAUUUGCAGCAAUUACUGCCUCAAUGCGGCGUGGCACAGAUGCUAUCAGCCUGUGGCACUGCUGAGGUGUUAGGGAAGACCAGGAUGCUUCAAUAGCGGCCUUCAGCUCUUCUGCUUUGCUCGGUCUCAUGUCUCUCACCUUUCUCUUGGCAAUGCCCCAUAGAUUCUCUUUGGGGUUCAGGUCAGGCGAGUUCGCUGGCCAAUCAAGCACAGUAAUCCCAUGGGCAUUGAACCAGGUUUUGGUACUUUUGGCAGUGUGGGCAGGUGCCAAGUCCUGCUGGAAAAUGAGGUCAGCAUCCCCAUAAAGCAGAAGGGAUGCAUGAAGUGUUCCAAAAUCUCCUGGUAGACGGCUGCGUUGACCCUGGACUUAAUGAAGUGCAGUGGACCAACACCAGCAGAUGACAUGGCUCUGCAAAUCAACACAGACUGUGGGAACUUUGCACUGGACUUCAAGCACCUGGCAUUGUGUGCCUCUCCAUUCUUCCUCCAGACUCUGGGUCCUUGGUUUCCAAAUGAGAUGCAAAAGUUGCUCUCAUCACAAAAGAGGACUUGGGACCACAGAGCAACAAACCAGUUCUUAUUUUCUUUAGCCUAGGUAAGACCCUUCUGAUGUUGUUUCUUGUUCAGAAGCGGCUUGACAAAAGAAAGACGACCUUUGAAGCCCAUCUCCAGGAUCCGUCUGUGUGGGGUGGCUCUUGAUGCCCUAACUCCAGCCUCGGUCCACUCCUUGUGAAAGUCCCCAACACGUUUGACUGGUCUUUUCCUGACAAUCCUCUGCAGGCUGCGGUCAUCCCUGCUGCUUGUGCACCUUUUUCUUCCACACUUUUCCCUUCCACAUAACUUUCCAUUAAUGGUCUUUAAUACAGCACUUUGGGAACAUCCAACUUCUUUUGCAAUUACCUUUUGAGGCUUUCCCUCCAUAUGGAGGUCUCAAUGAUGGCUUUCUGCACAACUGUCAGGUCAGCAGCCUUUCCCAUGAUUGUGAUUCGUACUGAAGCAGACUGAGAGACCAUUUAAAUGCUCAGGAAUCUUUUGCAGGGGUUAUGGAUUGAGUAGCUAAACACUAUUCUAAUUUUCUGAGAUUGUGAAUUUGGGGUUUUCUUCAGCUGCACGCCAUAAUAAUCACAAUUACAACAAGUAAAGGCUUGACAUAUCUCGCUUUGCAUGCUAUAUCUCGCUUUUCUACUACAUCUCGCUUUUUUCAUAUCUCUCUUUUCUACUAUAUUGGUUUCACCUUUUAAGUUGCAUUACAGAAAUAAAUGAACUUUUCAACGAUAUUCUAAUUUUUUGAGUUUCACCUGUAUCUAGUUAGUUUCAUUUUCUCUACAACCCUUCCCUGAUUUGUGCCAGGGCUUCGUUUUAUGAUAGCUUUACGUGCUGGCAAGAAAUCAACAUGUGAAAAAAAGCUUUUUUGAAGUUCAGACUUUGGAACUUGGACAACUAUCACAAAGAGGAGAUCCUUUCUGCUAGAAUAAAAAUAAUAGUAUUGUUACACUGAUUGUAAAUAGAUGUCAGGAAAUCCCAUUAUUUUCACUAAGAGCUGCUUCAUACGUUUUGUGGAAAUCAUAUUAGCCAUGAUUGCACCUGCAUUAUCACAUUGAAUGCUGAACUAAAUGAGAAAAACACAAAAUUGAGAUCUGUGUUUUCAAAAACUUGGGGAUACAGAAUAGACAUGUCCUGGAAAGUUGCAAUGUAUUUAGAAAUAAAUCACAAUUUCAUGCUUUGUGUCAUGUAGGAAAUUCUAGUAUAAUAUCAGCGUAGGCAUAGCAGCCACAACUGCUUUAUAAAAGAAGCCCUUUUACGUCUGAAAGUUUUCAGGCUCCAAACAUGACCUGCCUUUGAAUCUGUAACUUUCAUGGAUUUUUUCUUUUUUGCUAACUUGUGCACUGUUACAUUUCAUUUCUCAGAAGCUCACUUUUAUUUCAACUCCAUGAGCAUUCUUGGUAUUUAGAAAUCUAAUGGAUGUACACUAUGUGCCUGAAGAAGUUUUAAAGGAAAUCUGUUUGUAUUCUAGACCUAAGUGCAUUGACAUGGAAGUAAACUUAAAUGAGUUAAAUGAAAUUUGCUUCCAAAGUUAUGCUUGUCAGGAUUGCAGGUCAAAUUUGGGAAGUAGGCUUUGGUUUCAAAGGCUAGCUUGUACAUUUCUACACACACACACAGUGCUGAAUUACAGGAGCUUCAUUUUACAAACUUGGAAGUUAUCUAGCUGUCUAUUUUGAAUUUUUGAACAGAAAAUAUUUACCUGGGAUCACCUGGAAGUUGCAGAAUAAGGAAACUUCAUGCAGUACCUAAUCUGUGAAGAAUAUUUGAGGUUGAACAGAGGCUGUACUGCUGAUGGGAAGUGAUCAUUCAGUGUUUACAUCUUUAAGUGUACACCAUUCUGACUGAGAAUUAGCCCAUAUAAAAUUGCACUGGGAAAUUCAGAAUAUUGCAUUGCUUUAUCUCAAUCCAAAUGUUUGUACUGCGUUGGCAACAAUCUUCUUGCAAAGUGUGUAUUUGUGCCAAUUUCUUUUACAAGGUGUUUGAGCUUAUGUUGUGCUGUAGUAUCUUCUUUCAGUGAUGGAGCCAAGAUUUCUUGCCUCCUGUGGAAAUUCAUUUAGAUGACAGAUAACUGUCAAUUUUUUGUGGUGCACACAGGACAAACCCUGGAAAGAAAGCCACUAACUUAGAGCAAAUGCUAUCUUGAUUCAAGCCAAGGAUAAGCUGUUUAGCAUCUCUGUAGAUUAACAGUUGCAUACUAAAAUAAUCAAUCUAAGGGUUGAAUUUACAUUUGAAGAUGAACAAGAGCACUAAGAAUAGAAUUUUUGUUCUUGUUUGUAAAAUUGAAAGUGCAAUAAUAAAAUAAAAAUAGAAUAGAAUAGAAUGAAACCAUUCUGGGUACCUAGCUUGUCGGCUUGACUUGCAACAUUUCCUCCACCUCUGUGCAGUGUAGUGUCAUGGCUUGACUUUUCCUGUAACUUGCUCUGUUCUUCAUUACCCAUGUUUUGCCUAUAGCAACAGAAGGACUUUCCACCACCAAGAAUCAGGGAGAAGGCUUGGCUAGAAAGAAAUACAGGGUGGAGGCAUCCAAAGUCACAGGAGAAAAUUACAUUUAUUUGUAGGUGCUCUCCUAGUUUCUUCAGCCUAAUGUGUUUUGAGUUUAACUCUCUACCAGAUGUAAGUAGUGAGUCACUUUUUGUUCCCUGAACCAAGGAGCUGCUUUCACUUAGGAGGCCAUUUACACCCAACAGAAAACUUUCUCCUGGGUUCUGUUUUCCAGUUUUUCCAUAGUUUUCAUUAGCUGUAUCCUUCCCCAUACCAUCCCCACAAUUUUAUGAAAGAUUGUGUGAACAGGCUUCUUGUGCAUAUGUAAAGGGCAGCCAGGUCACAGGUUAUGGAGUUUGGUACCACAAGAAGUGAUGGCCACCAACUCAGACUGCUUUCGAGGGGAAUUGGACAAACCCAGGGAGGCUGCCAGUGGCUAGAUUAUUAUGCAAGUCCUAAUGGUUAUAUGCUUACUGCAGGAAUGCAGGCCCCAUGCCCUUCAUGUCCUACAUGUGGGCCUCCCAGAGGCAUCUGGUUAGCCACUGUGAGAAACAGGAUUGGUCUGAUCCAGCAGGUUCUUCUCUUAUGAUGCAUGUGCAUCCAUUCACACUGCCACCAUGCGAAGACAACCUCAGCCAGGCAUAGACCAUAGCGUUCCAUAUAAUCAAUAUUAUUUGUGUUUCAGUUACCAAGUGUUUUUAACAAGUGUUUUUAAAAUAAAUACCUGUCAGACAUUUGCUGAAGGUAUUUCUAAACUUCCUGAUUGUAGCCUUUUCCAACUCGUACUUUGGCAAGAUAAAGUCAGAAAGUCAAGGUAAUCUUUCUCUAGUAAAGACUUUGUGAAAUAUUUAUCAGAAAAGCAACCAUGAUGAGCAUUUGUAUGCUUGAUAGGAACGGGCAACUUCCAUUUUAUGAUAUAGUAUCAUUUCGCUUCCGUUGCUAAAACAGUGCUCUACAUUAAAUUAUUUUACAGCCACAGAAAAAUAUUUUUAUUUAUUUAACUAGGUUCCCAGUAAAUGAGUUCUGCAGAAAGCUAUUUAAAAAUAGUUUCUAGAUGCAGUAAACAAAGUACAAAGUUUUUAUGAAUGAGACUACUUUUAAAGUCUCUGGGUUUGUUUGUUUUUACUAAAGUUAGACUGGGGGAUGCAUGAUGACAAUCAGUCAUGAAUGCUACGUAGUUUUUAUUUAAGAGAUUUAGAAUAAGUCUUUCUUAAAAAAAAAAUGGCCAAAUGGGAAGUUGAAUGAUCCAAACCGUAGGUCACAAUUACAAAACAGAAUGCAUGCAAAACUAUACAACAUGCAUCCCACUACUAAUGGGACGUUUAAGUAAAUGUGCAUAGAAACUGUAGAUGCAUUUUUUUAUUUCCAUUGAUUUCAGGGGGACAGAAAUAUGUAUGUUUCAGUCUUUCCCAUUGCAAUCAAUGGGACUGAAAAGAGUGGGCUUUUCAGCACACAGAUAAGCUACCAUUCUGUUACAUGCUACAGGUUGAAAUCUGUUAGUUGUUAAUUGGUGGAAAGCACCUGUUAACAGGAAUGACUUGAGUUUGGUAAAACUGUACUUGUGAUGUUUGCAGGUAAAGUGAUAACUCCAAAAUCUGUGUGCAAGCACAGGCACUCUGGACUUUAUUUGCCUCUGUCCAUUUCUGGCAGUUUUCAUUAAGGAGGGCAAUUUUUGUCUUGAAUAUGGAUGUCUGGCAUCCAUUUUAAACUUCAAAAUGGAAAAUAAAAGAUUUGGGGGGGGGCGGGGUGGAGGAGAGUUCACUGUUGCAGUAGAAGCAUUGGGUGCCAAAAAGAGGUUAAAAGGAUGCUGGCCUAAAACAACAAGGCAGGGGAAUCUUCCAGUCAAAUCUACCAUUGCCUUUAGUCAAACUGGGGAAAGGAUGGAGUCGUCAUAUUUUCACAUAUGAAGAUACCAGCCAUCAUAAGCUGAAUAAGCCUUGUUUGCAAAGUGAAGGAUCUGGUGCUGCUUUUAAUAUUUUAAAUGCUCACAUCUUGUAAUUUUUAUCUUUCUUUCACUGUCUUUAAAAUCCAAUUAGUGUGGUCAUAGACUUAUGUAUGAUGAUGCUUUGCAAGGAUGUAUUUGUUAUAAUGACCAACAUUUGGUCAACCCUACUCACUCAUUCACUAACACUUCUUUUUGAACUGUAAAAUAAAAGUGCUUUACUUGCAAACUGUAUAUAACCCUUGUACAAAGUUCCCCAUCCCCCCUUUUCAAUUAUUACUAUACAUGAAGUUGUAACAAAUAAAAUGUUGAUUUUUUUUAUAAUAAAAUUGAAUGGAAUAUAAAUUUAUUAUAUUGACAGGACAAAGGAAACUUACAUAUGGCUAAUUAAACGAUCUAUGCCUUUUACACUGUG